AUGGGGGGUGGCGUCGCGCGUGGGGGGAGGGGGCCAUCUCGGGGUAAUUCGCUGCUGGAGUCAGAGACUCUUUCUUCUCUGCCUUCGGUUCUCCUCCCGCCUCUUUCUCCGCUUCCCUCGCCGUCUCCAGAGCUGCUCGACGAUGCAGCCUGCUUCCCUUUCUUCGGCCCGGAAGUUCACGACUCGAGUUCCAGCGGCCAGUCUCCGUCGCGCCCUGUCUCCUCCAUUCUCAUUGUUUCCCCCUCGUCAGCUCCGGCCUUCCUCCGCUACGCAUCCUCUUCCCACACGACCUCGCCGCUGUCCUCGCCUUCUCUAGUGUACAUACACCCUGUCUCGGGCUCUGUCCAUCCGUUUCCGAACCGCCCGCCUCCCACGCACCUCGUUCUCGCCGUUCCUGCGUCUGCCUCGUACUCUCCGGCCUCCGCUGCGUUUCUCGAGGGCGACAGCUCGGCAGCUGCAGCCUCUGCGAGGAGUUCCGCGCGGGGACCGCUCGAGACAGCCGACGAGGCCUUCUUCGCUUCCCUGCAGUCGAGCGUCGUCCAGCUCCUCAAGAAAUCAAAGUUCAUUCACACCUUGGUCAUUCGCGGAGACGGCCGGUGGCUUGAAGUUCUGAAAGAUGUCCUCCGAGACCACGCGUCCGUCACCUCGGUCGCCCUCGAGGCGAUCACCAACUUGUCCGAGAAAGAAGUCACCACUGGAUACGCCCGCCUCCUCUCGGGACUGUCCAAGUGCGCGGCGAUUUGCAUGCGCGGCUGCGGCCUCACGUCCAAGGGUCUGCGAAGUCUCCUGCGAGCGCUGGGGAAAAAACACUCGGAACUGGUGGACCAUCUCCAGGAGAUCGAUUUAACGCACAACGCCCUGGACGACGACGCCGCCGCUCUUUUGUUCUCGCUGCUUUCCACGAGUGCGCCGCGUCGUCUCGUCUCGCUUCGCCUCGGCCACAAUCCCUGGACGCUCGCCGCGUUGGAUCCUGUUUUUUCUCUUCUCGCCUCUUCCGCUGCGGGACAGGCUUCGUCGGAUGGCGACGGCGUUCGUUUGCUCUCGCUGACUGGGUUGUCGCUCUCUGGCGAGUCAGCGUGGGCGUCGCUGUCGCAGUUUCCUUCCCUUCGCGUUCUCUCUCUCUCAGCCUCGCGUGUCGAACCCCCCAGACUUCUGCGCCGUCUUCUACCUGGCCUCUCGGUAGGCUCCUGUCUCUCUCACCUCUCGCGUCUCGACUUGUCUUUCGCGCCUUCGCUCGUCUCCGACGACGAAGUCGCCUUCCUGGCAGAAGCGCUCUUCCCUCAGGAGGCACCGGCGCGGGCCGUGGCUCCUCCUCGAGGCAAGCCGAGUGCGGGGCACAAGAAGGCGGGGAACGCACCGGUUCAGAGCAAAGGCAAGGGCUGCGGAUCUCCCGUGGCUGCGCUCCGCUCGCUGUCGUUAGCGGGGAACAACUUAACCGGCGGCUGCCUUCCAACUCUCGCUCUCAGUCUCUUGUCGCCGAGCUGUCGCCUCGAGCACCUAGAUUUGUCGUUCAACGCGUUCGGGAAAAAGAAGGCCUCGGAGCGCGACACGCGCGGGGAGACCCAGACUCUCGGGGCAGAGUCCAGGGACGGAAAAGAGAAAAAACGCCCGAGAGGAAGAGCCGGGCGGAAGCGCACCGAGGAAAAAACGGAGGACGAAGAACCUCUCCCAAUUGAACCCCUCGUCGAGGCUCUUCAGCAAGGGUUCGAGGCUCCUCACGCGCCGUGCAGUCUCCGUUUCCUUUCACUGGCGUUUUGCGAGCUAUCGCUGGAGGCGCUUCAGCAGCUCGCCGCUGCGCUUUUGACGAACGGCCAGCAAUUGGUUUUCUUGGAUUUGCGCGGGAAUUUGCGCGAGGCGGGCGCGGCAUGCAGAGGCUCGAAGCAGCGCCGAGACAAAGAGGACGAAGCAUGGCGCUUGGCGCGGCGUGCAUUCGACACCGUCGCGGGGGCGUCGGGGCGUCAAGUCCUCCUGCUCGACGGGGAGGAAAACGAAACGGGGAAGAAGCGAAGAGCGGACGCCGAGGAAACCGGGGGGCGGAAACGGCGGAGACGGGACGACAAACCGCGGCGUGGAUCACGCAGGAAAGCGGCAGAAGUUGAAGAGGAGGACGAGGAAGAAGAUGAAGAAGAGGAGGAAGAGGAAGAAGAUGAAGAAGAGGAGGAAGAGGAGGAAGAGGAAGAUCUGGAGGCAGAAAAGGAAGAGGAGGAAGGAGAGGAAGAAGAAGAGGAGGAAGAGGAAGAGGAAACAAAGAGCGGUGUGCGAGACGGAGGAAGUGCUCGGACGGAGAGAAAGAGGCCAAUCGGAGUGAAGAGAAGGGUUGCUCGAUCGAGAGGAAAGACAGAAGAGGCCAAGAAAUCUGAGACGACAUUGGAAACGGACAGUCGCAGGCGAUCAAGUGUAAGAACGCGAAGACAGCAACAGGAAGAGGAGGAGGAAGAUGAUGACGAAGACGAAAGUUUUGAUGAACUGGACGCAUUGGAAGCGGAACAGAAUGCCGAGGAAAGUAGUGAAGAGGAAGAAGACGAGGAAGACGAGCAGGAAGAGGAAGACGAGCAGGAAGAGAAGGACGAGAAAGAGGAAGACGAAGAAGAAGAGAAGGAAGAUGAGGAAGAGGAGGAUGAGGAAGAGACAACGCGGGCGACUUCGCGAAGGAGAGGACGGCGAAGUGUAGCGCCUAACGAGAAAAAAGAAAAGGGUGGCGUGUCGAGAGAGACUGAAAAUCGAGAAAAUCGACGCCGAGAGAGGACUAAGGAUGACGGCGAGAAGGGCGAGAAAGGAACCCCCCGCGCGCGCCGACAGAAACGUCGAGCUUCAGGAUCUUCGAGAGCUUCGGGUCGGCGAGGGAGAGGCAAGAAAGACGAUUCCGGAGAGGAAGAAGAGGAAGAUGAAGAGGAAGAUGAAGAAGAAGAUGAAGAAGAAGAUGAAGAGGAAGAUGAAGAGGAAGAUGAGGAAGAGGAAUAUAUGGAUGAAGACGAAGAUUAUGAAGAUAAAGAAGAGGAGACAGUCGUGGGGAGGAAGGGGAGACGAAGGCGUGGUGGGCGGCAGAGGAGCGGCCAUGUUGCCCCCGCGGCCGUUCGAAAGAGAAGAAAGACCGCAGCAGAGGCGGAAGAAGAGAAUGACGAGAAAGAGAGAGAAGAGAAGAAAGAGGAGGACGAGAAAGAGAGACAGAGAGAAGAGAAGAAAGAGGAGGAAGAGAAAGAGAGACAGAGGGAAGAGAAGAAAGAGAAGGAAGAGAGAGAGAGAGAAGAGAGUAAGGAGGAAGAGAGAGAGAGAGAAGAGAGGAAGGAGGAAGAGAGAGAGAGAGAAGAGAGUAAGGAGGAAGAGAGAGAGAGAGAAGAGAAGAAAGAGGAGGAAGAGAAGGACGGAGUUUCGCCGUUGCUUCGUGACGGCAGGAGACGGAGGUCGGUGGGCGCCGUCGCUCUUGGAAGGCCGAUGCGGCCACGCAAGACGAAAGUUGACACUGACGAGCAGACUUCGCUUUUGACCGAAGACAAAGCGAGUGAAGACGUUCUUUCGGGUACCGAGGCAGCUCUGAUUCUCCCGAAUCGUUCGCGGCAAAAAUCGAGGAAAGGCGAGGAGCCUACCUCGCUUCCGCUCGUGCGAGCGUCGCGCGCUUCCUCGUUUUUUGUCGCGGAAACAGGCCGCAUAGGAGCUGGCGGCGCUCACCCGCGGCGAUCUUGCUCAGCCGCUUUGGCGCCCGGGCUCCCGCCGGAGGUGCGCGUCAGCGACGUCUCCGCUGGUGAGAGAAUCGCAGGUCGACGCCAGUCUACGUCUUUCCCUGUCUCUGUGUCUCCCGCCCUUCUCCAGGUGCCGACGCCUGCCGGCGGAGAGAGACACCGGAGACGCGAAGGCCUGUUAGGAGUGAGUAAGGACGACGGCGGUUUCGGCGGAGGCAGAGCCUCUGUGGUUCCUGCGGCGUCUCCCGUGGACUCGCCCUUUCUCAUGUACUUUGACAUGAAGCGAGAAUACCCCUCGCCGUCGUCCUUCUCUCACCGCGGCUUCGAGGAAAGAAGACAUCCGCUGAGACAAGGAGAGGAGGAAACCCGGAGCAGUGACGCCGUGGAUGUACACCGCGGCCAAGGAGUGCCCCUCGAGCAAGGCGGCGUUGAGGGAGGCGGAUUGAGUUCCGCGUGUGCGUCUCUCGGCGUUUCCCGGAUCCGCCGAGGGGUUUACACGGACGAUAUGAACGAACAGGAAGAGGCGAGGGCGCGCGUCGAGAGACGAGGCGGUCUUGGCGCGUUGCUGCCGCCCGUUCCCGCGUCGGCUGAGGACCAGCGCGACGUUCUUCUCUGUCUCCAUCGAGCCGGAAUCCAGUUACUGAAUUUGUUCUUCCCUCGGGACGCGCACAGCUACGUCGGCAAGACGCCGCUGCAGCCGCUCCUGCGUUCGUAUCCUCAAGAUCUUCUUAUUGGUUUGAAGCAUAUCCUGUCUUCUCACUACAUGCCACUGCUCUCCUUCCCGGACAUCUACACCCUGCAACAACUCUAUCUGUCUCCGCACCUCUCGCCCCCGCUGCGGCUGCUACUGUCGAUCAUCUUCGAAGAGCUGCCGAGGACCAACAUGACUUACAAGUACCAGCAGUACGGCAUUCUCGGCUUUGACGAGAAUCUGUGUCACCCUGGAAAAGUUCUCUUUGACGGCGGCCCCGGCUGCCAGGCGAUCCACGCUGCUGAGUUCCGCGUCUUCUGGAUGCGGCGCCACGGGCGCCGCUUGGGCCGGAGACGCGGCCCCGGCUGGGGCUCUAGAGCCCAACUCGCGGUCGGCAGGGGCAGCGCGGGCGAGCUGGUCGCGCACUGUGCGCCGUUCCAGUCUCCGCCGCCGCCGCUGCCUUUGUCUUCGCCGCCUGCGCAUGCCGUGAACUGGGCCAGGGAAGAGCGGCUGAGAUUCGACGGGGACAGACGGCUCCGAUGCGGCGAGAAAGCCGAGAGGCGAGAGCCCGACGCGAAGGACGACGCCGUCUCGAGCGUCUCCUGCAUCUCAGACGGCUUCGACGACUUGGCCUCGCAACCCGGCGCGUCCCCGCCGUGCCUGUCUCCGAAGCACCAGCUUACGCGUCUCCCGUCGACUCCGCAGUUCGUGGAGACUCCGGACCGAGACCGCGGCCUCGCUGGCCUGUUGGGUUCGCCUGGGUCGGCGUUUGCCGCUGGACUCGACGGCGGAGACGUCUUCACUCCCAGCACUGUGUUUGACCUUUUGGAGCCGUCGCGUCUCAACCCUCUCGCCGCGGCGCUUGCCUGCGACGCGGGGGCCCCGCCUUUCGGGCGCGGAGACACCUUUGGAGCCCAAGGCGCGGAAAAGGGGUCGCCGUUCUUCGGCGUGGGACUCCAGUGCACGUGCGGUUUGCGAGGCGAGGAACACAGGCGGCCGAGGGUGCGCGAAGAGAAGCCCCGCUUGGCAAGCGAGAACAAGCGAGCUACAGUCGACGACGCGACGCGAGCUCCAGUCGACGACGCGACGCGAGCUCCAGUCGACGACGCGCCCCAGGGGAGUGAAGGCGCGACUCCCGCUGACGCGCCUCCGAAUGAAAGCGCUUCCGCAGGCAAAGCGCCGAGCGCCGCGGCGAACCCCGAGAAGGGCGUUUCAGAGCUCUUUGCGACGCCAGCACCGUUCCGGUGGAUGAAGAAGGCGCUGGGGGCGAUGCGAGGCCAAGCCGCGGGGCCGAAGAAGUCAGUUGUGAGAAAUUUGGAUUUUUACUUUCGGCAAAAGGGCGCAGCGCAGAGCUGCGAGAAGCCUGGAUGGGCUGUGGGGGAGGCCCCGCCGGGGCCUGGCGCCGUCUCUUCGGCGUUUCUCGACGGCGAGGCGGCCUUCGCGGAGGCGCGGGAAGAGCCGCAGAUUUCAAGCGCCAACGGAGACGGUCUCGUGAAGAAGCGCCAAGACGCGGCGACAAGUGUUUUCCACGGUCCUGCGCCGCUUUCUGCUUCGCUUCUCGACUCCAAUCCUCCCGAGACACGACGCGACUCGGGCGGGUCUUUCCUCGCUUCCGAGGACAGGGCGGCUCCUGCGAGCCUCGACUCAGCUGUCUCCUCGCCUGCGCUCUCGGCCGCAGAGUCCCCCGAGGAAAGCGAGAACGAACGGCAGCUGGGUCCGGCGCGCGGGUGCGCCGGCGAGGUGGAGACACCGGCCGCCCGCGCAGGAGACGCCCUCGAGCGCGGGGGCGAUUGCCGGGGCCCGCAGAGCGCGCCGAGCGGAGACGCGAAGCGAGCGCGAGGCUGCGAAGGAGACAGAGGAGACAGAGGCGUCUCCGGCGUCCCUGCGAAGCCGCAGCCGCAUGCACUCGUGCCGCAAGAUCGGUUCGUGGUCAGCUGGGACGACGACGAGUGGAUGCGAUCCAUCGAGUGCUUCCUCGACGACCUUUCUCUCUGUCCGAGCGCCGCUCCGUGUCCCGAGUCGUCUGCUUCUUUUUCGGAAAAUUCUGUCCACGCUGCCACAUGCCCACUCGCCCAGGGAGCUGCGCAGGCCUCGCGUCCCGGCCGCGUUCUCAAUCCGCCCCUCUUUCCUUCCCAGUUGCCUCCACCGUCUCCUUUGUCUCCGCUCUCGCUCUCUUCUGUGUCGGCGCCUCUGGUCCCUGCGCGGCCGGCUGGCCCCGCGCCUCUCUGUCCGGCUCCAGGGCCGUGCACGUGUCGCGAGGUGAUUGUUGUCGACGUGCAGAGCGACGCACAGCUUCGGAAGCGGAUCUGGGACGUACAGACGCUGUUUGCGGGGUCUGCGGAGCUGUCGAUACACCGGAAGAUCGAGCUCUUGCGGCGGAUGGUUCUGCGGAACAUUAAGUGCGCGUCGACGGGGUACGGCGAACAAAAGGACGAACUGAAGCGACUGGCGACCGAGCACGACGGUUUCGUCUACCUCGGAGACGUCAAGUACGGCUUCUCCCGACACAUGGCGCUCUUGUUCAAAGUCCUCUGCGACGUCUCGCAGAUCCCGUGCCGCGUCAUGCGCCCCACAGUCCCCUUCGAGGACGAGGAGACACUUGGAGACAGUGGAGCCAGGGCGUCGGGUGCGCCGGGGGGAGGCCCCGAGACGCUCGCAGAGGAGGGGAAACCCUGUGCGGCCUCAGAGAACGACGAGAGCUUCCAGAGGAGACUUCUCGGAGGCGAGCCUGACCGGUCUCGCCAGCGAGCGCGCCGCGACGGGAGACUCCCCGAUCGGUCCCAGGCGGAUGGGUUUGCGAGGCGCGAAGACGAAGAGGAGUUUGUGUACAACGUGGUGUUGGUGAAGGGGGCGGCGAAUUCGGCGCUCGAGCAGUUGAUUCCGAUCAUCUGGACGCAGAACGCGUCUUCCCUCGCUCUCUGGAGACGUCAUCGGCAGCACGCGGAUCUCGGCGCGAAGCGAUCAGAGGACGUGCGAAGGCCGUUUGUCUCCGAAGACCGCGACAGAAAACGCGGGAGACACUCUUCGCUCCUCGUGGACUUCCUCGCCUCCGGCUUCGUGCGGCUGAACCCGCCGACGUUCUCCAUUCCGCUCCCGAGGCGCCUGCGCGCCCUCCAACGGCGAAUGGAGCUCGGAGCCGCAGGCGCGGCGAGCGCCUGGGGCUGUGUGUCGAAGCGACUUCUCCCCGAGCGAGUCCCGUCGCUGCGCGACAAGGCGAAGGACGCGGGGUCGAGUGCAGGGACUCCAAACGAGAGCUGUGGAGACGCAGGCGACGCAGACGACGCAGUGCCCUGUCGAGUUUCCCGGCCUUUCAACUACUUCAAACACGGCUGGGUUGACCGCCGGAGACCGCAUGCAUCCCACUGUUGUUGCUGCGCGGGGCGCGCGACGCCGUGCCUCGAGAGCGACCGCGGCGGGGGCCCAGCGGAAGGGACAGCCGGGGAGACAACUGCAAGCGACGCAGGAAGGGACAGCAUGCAAUUCGAGCCAACCAGAGGCGAGCUCGAGAGUGGGGCAAUGCCCAACGAGGAAGUUGAAAAGUCUGAACGAGAAGCCGGCCUGGGCGUCUCGCCAGUGGGAGAUAAGCAGCAUCGCCAGCACGCGGAUCUCGAUCGCCUUCUGCUGGCCGCGAGCGGCGCUUCGGCGUUUGUGUCGCUGACCGGGACGCCCUCGUCUGCCGUCUCUUCCACGGAGUUGGACCUGGACGCGUUCUUCGAGUUUCGCGAGAAGCUUGGAAAAGGCAGCUUCGGGGAGGUUUGGCGAGUGCGGCUCAAGAGCGACACGCAGGCUCUCGCCUUCCCGCGCAAGGCGAGCGAAGAGAGCAAGGAAGACGGGAGGCGAAACCGCGAGAAGAAGCGGUGCCGAGAUGACAAGACAGACGCGGCCGACAGAGAGAAGGACGAGACGCUCGGGACGGAAGCCGAGGAGGGAGAGAAAGAAAGGACGGAUCGGCGAGAAGAGAAACCAGAUGCGUGGACGCGAACGACACAAGAGCCCCUAGAGAACCUGGAAACUGAACGUGCACGACCCGAAUACGCCCUCAAACUUGUCCCGAAAAGCGAGGAGAACCUGCCGGAAGCCGAGAUCAUGCGCAGUUACUCGCACCCCCGCGUGGUACCCUUCCUCGGCGUCUUUGAGGGAUUCCAGAUGUUGGAAGAUCGCAGCAAGAAGAAGGUGAAAAUAUCUUCGUUCUGUUUCCUCAUGGACAUUGCCGACCAGUCGCUAGAGAGUCUCCUGGAAGAGCACGAGAAAGCAAACACCUGUAUCGACGUGGAAUUCAUCCUGACGAUUCUCCUCGACACUGCUCGCGGGAUGAACUAUCUUCACUCCCCCAGCGCGACGAAGCCUCACCUGCUUCAUCGAGACUUGAAGCCAGCGAACAUUCUUCUCAAGGACGGCCGCGCUAUGGUGACCGACUUUGGGGUGGCCCGUGUGGCAGAAGUUUCCUUCGAGCACGAAAUGACUCAAGGACCCGGAACAGAGGGGUACAUUGCGCCGGAGCAGCGAACGGCGGCGUACGACCGCCCCGCAGACGUUUGGGCGUUCGGCGUCGUUUGUGCGCGGCUGCUCGGCCUGCGCGAGUGGAAGAAACUGAGCGAACCUCAACACCGCGUCUCGCUCGCCGAUUUCGCUCUGAAAGACGCUUUCCUCAUCAACCUCUGUCUCGCCUGUCUCGAGCGCCGCCCGCUCAUGCGUCCCACGUUUCACCAAAUCGUCCAGCGGCUGAUCGACAAAAUCUUCCGCGUCGAGUUCGAGAGGAUCCUUCGGACUCCCUACCGCAACUGCCUGCCUCUCCUCCACCUCGAAAAUCCGUUUUUCGCGUCUCCCUCGUCCCUCGCUUCUCUCGCUCCGCGUCAACCUUCACGUGCGCUGGAGGCCGUCGGGCGCGGAGGCCGAUUUGGAGACACGUGUGGGGAGGCGAAGGAGGCGGUGGGUAUUGAGGGGCGAAGCGACGAAGAGAAGAGCGGCGCGAAUACGCCUUUCCGCUCGCCGUCUCUGUUUCCAGCAAAGGCGCUGUCGCUCGUCGAAUGUGAGGAGACAGGCGCUGACGAUGCGCGAGCAAAGAGUCCAAGUGAGAGGAAGGCGACAUCGUCGGCAGGAAGUGGAAAGAGGGAGAGCCGAGAGUCCCCGCAAUCUGCGAAGAGACAGAGAAAAGGGAAUGAUCUGGAAGAGGCGUGUACAGCUCUCGGAAUCGAGGACGAGCGGUACUUUUCCGGGGAGGAGAGGCUCGAGGCGUCUCUAGCGACUGCGCCUGAAAAAGCUCCAGGGAACCCCCUGCCGGAUCCCGACGUAGACCCAGAAGAAGAGGAAGGAUUUUUCUCGCGCGCGCGGUUUCGAUCCGACAGACGUGCGCGGCCUCUCCUGUCGUCAGGAGACACUUCUCCAGUCAGCACGGAGCACGAGCAGGUCGGCGACGCAGACUGCCCCAGCGCCGAGAGAAACGACGGCGAGGGAGAAAGCGGGAAGAACGAGGAAGAACGCGAGGGAGAAGGCGGGAAGAACGAGAAGAAAAGCGAUGAAAGCGUGCGUGUCGACCGUGGAUGCGCACCUGCGAUUGGGACUCCGCCUCGAGGCGCCUCAUCUAUUGUUCAGAAGAAAGCUGCGAGUCCGGCGGCGAAGAAGAAACUAUGGAAACCAGGCACACCGGUUUCGCCCCGAGUUCCUCAAAGGCCCUCGUCUUCGUCUUCCUCGUCUUCGUCUUCCUCUUCGUCUUCUUCCUCUUCAUCUUCUUCGUCUUCCCCGUCUUCUUCGUCGUCUUCUCCCUCCUCGGUGUCCUCGCUUUCGCCGGUGGACGGUCGGUCGAAGCGCGCGCAGUCGCCAGUUCGCGGACGGGGCGAGAGCGAAGAAAAUCGCCGGAGAGGCUCGGCUCCACGGAAGGAGGCGAGGCGAGGCGAAAGACCAGCGCAGUCGCCGGACAAGGAACGCGGAAGCUGGCGUCGCGCAACUCCAGGGAAAGAACGGAGGCCGCCGGAGAGAAACGCUGGGAGAUCGCCUACGCAGAGCGCCGUUCAGCGGUCGCCCAAACCUGUCGCUUCCUCGUCUUCCCUUUCUUCGCCUCUCUCUCGCUUCGACGAGGCAGGCAUGCGGGGCGCAGAAGGUUUCCUCCGCCAGGCUUUUACGCGAGCAAACCGCAGCCAAGUGAACGAGAAUCCGCGGACCUCGGUCUCUCCUGCUUCGCCUUUCUCUCCCUCUUCUCCGGCUGGGCUGUCUGCGCGCUCCGGCUCUCUCCCGAGAACCCGCGUGGCGGGCGAAGGCGCGCCUGGUCCAGUGGCGGGACACAGCCCCGCGUCCCGGCCGUUCGCCUCGCAUGGCGAUUCUCCCUCGCGCUCCGGGGACUCGGCAAAAUCUCCGGGGCUCGCGUGCCGUGGCGCUUCUCCGCUCUCGCCGUCUGCCGCGAAGCCUUCCGAGAGUUCUUUCCCCGCUUCUCCCGGCUCCGAGCGCGUCGCGUCCGAUCUCGCCUCGCGCGGCCAGGCUGUGCACGCCUCUAGGGUGCCCUCGGCUUCCGCGGCGCCGACCGCCACAGGGAACCGUGAGUAA